AUGCCCUCAUAUGCUAAGUUCUUAAAGGAUAUCUUAUCCAACAAGAAAAAGAUAGUAGAAAACGAAACUGUUACCCUAUCUGCUGAGUGUAGUGCUAUCAUUCAAAACAACAUGCCUCCUAAACUAAAAGACCCUGGUAGCUUCUCUAUACCUUGUGUAAUUGGGAAAUUCGUAAUAGACAAAGCCUUAUGUGAUUUAGGAGCCAGUGUUAGUUUAAUGCCUUUAUCUAUUUGUGAAAAACUCAAAUUAGGUGAACUAAGACCAACAAGAAUGUCAUUGCAAUUAGCUGACCGAUCUGUCAAGUUUCCCGUAGGAAUGCUUGAAAAUGUACCUGUUCGUAUAGGACAAUUCUAUAUUCCUACUGACUUCAUAAUAAUGGACAUUAAAGAGGACCCUAAUAUCCCUAUUAUACUAGGAAGGCCAUUCUUAGCAACUGCUGGUGCCAUUAUAGAUGUGAAGAAAGGAAAGUUAACCUUCGAGGUCGGAGAAGAAAAAGUAGAGUUCAUCCUCUCCCAAUUCUUCAAGGCCCCAGCCAUAGAUGAUUCCUGUUGUUUCUUGGACGUUAUUGAUGAAUGCGUUAAAGAAAUGGAGAAACAACAAAACACCUAUUCUGAAGUGUUGAAAAUACCAAUGCCACCUAUUUUCGAGGACGAUAACUGGCGUGAGGAAUACCAAGAUAAUAAUCUGAGUGAAUGCCUAGCAUUAACCCCUGAUCCUAUUCCUUGCCCUAAGAAACCUGCUAUAGAACUUAAAACACUACCCAAAUAUUUAAGGUAUGAAUUCCUAGAUGAAGAACUUGAACGACCUGUUAUAGUAAACGCUGACCUUGGACAGAUUGAAAUUGAAAAGUUACUCAAUGUCCUUAGGAAAUAUCCGACCGCUUUAGGCUAUAACAUAUCUGAUCUAAAGGGAAUAAGCCCCUCUAUCUGCAUGCAUCGCAUUAUGCUCGAGGAUGACAGUAAGACCUCGUGA